AUGGGUGUGAUUGGAGCACUGUUUCUCUCGGUUGCAUCUUCUGUCUCCAUUGUUAUUUGCAACAAAGCUUUGAUGACCAAUCUUGGCUUCCCUUUUGCAACGACACUAACAAGUUGGCAUUUGAUGAUGACUAAACUUGCUAUCAUACCAUUCACUGUCCUAUUGGAAACCCUCUUCCUCAACAAGAAGUUCAGCCGGAAGAUAAAAUUCUCAUUGUUUCUGCUACUGGUUGGAGUUGGAAUAGCAUCAAUCACAGAUCUUCAGCUCAAUUUUGUUGGCUCUGUUCUCUCUCUCCUUGCCAUCGCCACAACUUGCGUUGGCCAAAUUCUAACAAACACAAUCCAGAAGAGACUGAACGUGACAUCAACACAACUCCUUUACCAAUCGGCCCCAUUCCAAGCCGCUAUACUCUUUGUCUCAGGUCCUUUUGUCGACAAAUACCUCACUCGCCUCAAUGUCUUCUCCUUCCAUUACUCACCCAUAGUCUUGGGGUUCAUAACCUUAUCGUGUUUGAUAGCGGUUUCGGUUAAUUUCAGCACGUUUUUAGUGAUUGGAAAAACAUCUCCGGUGACGUACCAAGUCUUGGGACAUCUCAAAACGUGUUUGGUACUAGCAUUUGGAUACACUCUACUCCACGAUCCUUUCACUCCUCGUAACAUCGCAGGAAUCCUCAUCGCUGUCCUCGGAAUGCUUCUUUACUCAUACUUCUGCUCCGUUGCUUCUAAAUCCAAACAAGUCUCCUCCGAUUCCACUUUUCUGGGGAAAGAUAGGGAUACGACGCCACUUUUGGGCCAAGAAAAGGAUAACCAUGAAGCAAAGAAAUUAGACAAGCAUUCUCCAGUAUGA